UAACCUGACAUUAAGCCUGUCAUCACUCGGUUUUUGUAAGUUUUACAUGUAUUGAGUCUGGCCUAACCUUACACUAAGCUUAUCUUCACUGUUCGGAAAAAUCUCUUUUUCCAUGACAACACGCCUAAUCAUGCUCUCGCUCAUACUUUAAUACGUCUCUUACUCGAAUUCAGUAUUCGACAGACCAUAAAUGAUGACCUACAGAAACAGAAUGAUCUCAAGUUAGCCUUCAAAUUGACAUUGUAUAUUAAAACUUGUCCAGUUUUGUCGGCACUCAGUCAAUCUUUAACGCCUUUAGAUAAAAGCUUGCUAAAAGCUCUUCUUUUUCAAAGAUUAGCACAGCAUUUUUUCAAAACCAGAGUAGAUUUAUGCAACCGCAAUAGAUUUAAGGUUUGCUAUGAAAUCUUGGCGUAACAUGUUACGCUGCCGUCCAUCGCAGGUUUCUUCCCAUUAGUUCUUGCCCCAUUAGGUGUUCUAAAACGACUCUUAAAGGUACUAGCAAUCACCAAUGCAAACAGCGUCAACAUCCCUCUGCCGACCAUAAGACAAAGAUUGCGGCCGUCGCCCUCCCAUGUCCCGUGUUAUCGGUGGAGAGGCGGCCCGCCCGUAUAGUUGGCCGUGGCAGGUGUCGGUCUCAAUGGGCAAGUUACACUCUUGCGGAGGCGCGCUGAUUAGUUCGAAAUGGGUCAUCACUGCAGCUCACUGCGUCAUCGAGUACCCAUUCCCACAGGUUUAUGAGGUUAUAGCAGGUGCCCAUAAGCUUUACGAAAUGUCACCCUUCUACCAAAGCAUCAAGGUUAAGAAACUAGUGUAUAACCCCGGCUUCAACGAGAGACACUAUAGGAAUGAUAUCGCCCUACUGGAGCUUGAACGGCCUGUCCUAACGAACCCACAUGUAAGCCCUGUCUGUCUGCCUCCGGUCAAUGCCGGAAAGGUACCUGUUGGCAAGAACUGCUUUAUCACAGGCUGGGGCCGCGUAUUUGAAGGAAGUGACGAAGCGGAGUUUUUACAAGAGGCCGAACUAGUAGUGGCUUCCAAUGCAAAGUGCGACAAGAAAAACGGGGAACUCCUCCCUGUCGAUGACGCCUCCAUGGUUUGUGCCGGAGGGCCUGGGCGUGGUGGUUGCCAAGGCGACAGCGGAGGGCCCCUGGUGUGUAACGAGGCGGGUCGAUGGGUACUGCGAGGAAUUGUCAGCUGGGGGAGUAGGGAGUGUUCCACUGAAUUCUACACGGUGUUCACAAGGGUCAUCAACUAUAUGCCCUGGAUCGAGACGAUUCUCGCAGGUGGCGACAGCGGAUGUGCCGGAGUAGCCACUGCUCCCCCUACCCUACCCCCGAAGCCAACAACACCCAGUAAACCUUGUAUCGAAGUAUCUACCGAAGUGUGUAUGCAAAUCAAGUAUAACUGCUACACGAAAGAAGUACAAAAUAUCUGUCCAAAGACUUGCGGCAUUUGUUGAUCGUACGAGUCGUCGGGAUGCCUUAACGCCAUUUUCUUAAUUUUUAACAAUAUCUAAAUAAUCAUUCAUUUGUAUAUCAGCGAUUAAAUCUGUAAAUGUGUGAAAAAUAAAAUAAAUGGUAAUCAUUAUGA